AAACAACAUACACACAUAAUAAUAGAGCCUAUAGCUUCAUUCUAAGGCAGUUACAAAAUCGGUUACAGAGUAUUAUUGUCACUUUAUUGUUGCCAUAUUCAUCAUCAUUGUAGAGCCCUUGUUGUCGUUUGCAUUUGCCUCUAGUUGCUACAAAAAAUGGCGUCUCACCAACAAGAGCCAUGGCUUCUAGAGAAUGGAAAUGUGAAGGUGUUGACUAAGGAAAUGCGGCACGGCCAUGGCCGGAGCCGUACUGCCCACAACAUGUCGUCCUCUUCUCUUAGGAAGAAAUCCGACCGGACCCUGGUGUCGAAGGUUCGGUGCGGAUUGCUAAGGAAUUUGUUGGUUAACAUCCAAGAAGUUAUUCUGGGGACAAAGUUGUCCAUCUUGUUCCCAGCAAUUCCCAUUGCCAUCAUUGCCCAAUGCUAUGGCCUUGGAAGACCAUGGAUUUUUGCAUUGAGCUUACUUGGGCUUACACCGCUUGCUGAACGUGUCAGCUUCCUCACAGAACAAGUUGCAAUUUACACUGGUCCUACAGUUGGAGGGCUUCUAAAUGCAACAUGUGGAAAUAUUACUGAGCUGGUGAUAGCAAUAUUUGCACUGAGUAGUAACAAAGUUGAUUUGGUGAAGUAUUCUCUACUGGGUUCUAUCCUCUCAAACCUUCUGCUGGUUCUUGGAACCUCUCUCUUGUGUGGUGGCAUUGCAAACCUUGCAAAGGAACAAAAAUAUGACAGAAGACAAGCAGAUGUGAACUCUCUAAUGCUUCUGCUGGCAUUGUUGUGCCACUGACUCAUCGCUGUACUUGUCGAGGGCCGCCAGCAUUACCAUGUUGGUUGCAUAUUUUGCUUACCUUAUCUUUCAGCUGUGGACACACAGGACAUUGUUUGAAGCUGAAGAUGAGGAUGGAGAUGGUGAGAAUGGUUCAGAUGAUGAAGAAGCUGUUAUUGGAGUGUGGAGUGGUGUUGCAUGGCUGGCUGGGAUGACUGUCUUCAUUGCCUUGUUAUCUGAAUAUGUGGUGGACACAAUUGAGGAAGCAUCAGAGUCAUGGGGUCUCUCUGUAAGCUUUCUCAGCAUAAUUUUGCUACCAAUUGUUGGCAAUGCAGCUGAACAUGCAGGAGCAAUCAUAUUUGCUUUCAAGAACAAGCUGGAUAUCACGUUGGGUGUUGCAUUAGGUUCUGCCACGCAAAUUGGCAUGUUUGCGGUUCCUCUAUGUGUACUGGUUGCUUGGAUAAUGGGUGUUAAAAUGGAUCUAAACUUCAACCUCCUAGAAACCGGUUCUCUUGCUUUGGCAAUAAUAGCCACAUCCUUUACUUUACAGGAUGGUACAUCUCACUACAUGAAAGGGCUUAUUCUUCUUUUGUGCUACGUUGUCAUUGGUGCUUGCUUCUUUGUACAAAGAACACCCUUAAACCAAGUGAAUGUUAACAUCACAUUCAAGUCAGCAAGUGAUGCAGUUUUAAAUGCUUAAUAGGCUUUGGCCUAUGAUUGGUCCCUUGUGAGAUGAAGGAUAGUGGCAUCAUCAUCAAAACUCAAAUGUUGAUUCGUUGAAUUGUUUAUUGGUUUCAAUAUUCUAUCAUCCAUCCAUCCACCGGUCAUAUAUCCAGACACAAGGCAGAAGAGUUUUGCAGCAGCAUUGCAUGUUAGUGAUGAAUCUGUGUCCAAGAUUUUCAAUCAUUAGUAUGAUGUAUCAUAUAAUUGUGGCCUAGCUAGCUAGUGGGUAUUGAGGUUAAUUAAGUUGGUUAUUUUAUUAUCAUGUACUUAAGUAAUUCUGAAAUAAAUGCAAGUUAAUUGUUCUU